AUGAUCAAACACCAUCAUUCGGAUUCAAGUCAAAUUUCAAAUUUUCUUCAUCCUGUGAACGGAUACAGAGGAGUACAGGAAAAGCAAGGUAUCAUACCUAAAAAUCAUAUGCAUCAAAAUCUUAAAGCGCUUAAAGAAAAGGAACACGAAAAUAAAUUAAAGAAGGAAAAGGAUGCUAUCAAGAAGGAAGAAUUUAAACUACAAAAAUACAAGGAGGUUGAAUCAAAGGUGAAGGAUAUUAAAGCACAAGAUUACACUCCCGAGAAUCCAGUGAAUGAAAAUUAUUUGAAAUCAGGUGCAAAUAGGGAGAGAAUAACCGAACAAAAUAUUAAAAAGAAGGAAAUUGCAUUUGAAGUAAAGAAGGAGAAGGAAAUGUUAGCCAACGAGAAGAAACCACCAAUUCCUAAGAAGGAGGAAUUUAAUGAACCAGUCACACAUAGAGACUCUAAAAAUUAUAUUGUACAAAACGCAACCAAGGAUUUGAAAUCAAUCGCUAAAAAGGGAGAAGCCAAAGUGGCAUCGAAAGCUGUAAAGGAAGACUUUGAAAAGCCAGAAGAUUUUGGAAGAGUGCCUCAAUACAUUAAAGAUAGAAAAGCAAUCAAACAUGAAAAGGAACAAAAAGAAAAGGAAGAACAAAAGAAGAAGGAUGAAUGUCCUCCUGGAAUGAGAUUAGUUUCUGAAGAAGAUAGACUUGAAACUCUUACUGAACUCGAGAAGAGUAAGAGAGAAGUGCAGGGUGCCAUCAAUAAGCUUCCAAUGUUGUGUGAUACUCAAUUCUUACAACAAAAGAAAAAUAAUAUGGAAAGGAAAUUACAAGAAAUUGACGAAGCCAUCAAAAUAUUUUCCAGAAAGAAAGUUUAUAUUGCUGAUGAUUAA